UCUCUCAAACCUAUUCUUCUGCUUCCAAAAUGGCGUCUUCUUCUUCUUCUGAUUGGGAGUUUGACGUGUUUCUUAGUUUUAGAGGAACGGAUACUCGCAAUACUUUUACUGGUCAUCUCAAUACAGCCUUAAAGAGUAAAGGAAUUAGGACCUUUAUCGAUGAUAAGGAGCUCAGAAGAGGGGAGGACAUUUCUUCAACACUUUUUACAACAAUAGAAAAAUCAAGGUGCUCAACAGUUGUUCUGUCAGAAUGUUAUGCAACUUCCAAAUGGUGCUUAGAGGAACUGGUAAAGAUGUUGGAGUGCAAGACAACCAUAAAACAGAGGGUUGUGCCCAUUUUCUACCAUGUGGACCCGUCGGAUGUUCGGGGACAGGGCGGAAGUUUCGGACAAGCCUUGGAUGCACACAAAAAGAAUUUGAAAAUCGAGGAGAAGCAGUUGCAGAGGUGGUCGGCGGCUCUCACUGAGGUUGGCAAUUUAUCCGGCUGGGACUUGGGAAAUAAGUCUGAGGCUCAGCUCAUUCUGGAUAUUGUCGCAGAUAUUUCAAAAUAUUUAAAUUGUGCAUCCUCAAAUAAUGCUCAGAACCUAGUGGGAGUUGACUCUUGCAUAAAGGAAUCGGAAUCAGUCUUGUGUUUUGAGUCAACUGAUGUUCGGAUGAUUGGAAUUUGCGGUAUGAGUGGCAUAGGCAAGACUGCCCUUGCCAGAAGUAUUUAUGAACGGUUUUCGGACAAAUUUGAAGGUUGUUGUUUUCUUACUAAUGUAGGAAAUGUGGAAAGAGAAGGAACUGACUAUUGGAAAAAGGACCUUCUUUCAAGUGUAUUGAAGGACAAUGAUAUAGAUGUGACAAUCACUUCGAUAAAGACAAGACUUGGCUCUAAAAAAGUUCUUAUUGUUGUUGAUAAUGUGAGCCACCAAUUGACAAUGAAAACGUUAAUUGGAAAACAUGAUUGGUUUGGUCCUCAAAGUAGGAUCAUUAUAACAACUAGGAAUAAAAGGUUUCUAAGUGGAAUGGAUGCAAUGUAUGAAGUCCAGAAAUUGCAGGAUGAUAAAGUGGUUGAGCUCUUUAAUCAUUGUGCCUUUAGAAAGGACCAUCCAGCAGAAAGUUUUGAGAGGUUCUCUCUCCGUUUUAUAGCGUAUGCUCAAGGUCUUCCAUUAGCUCUUGAGGUUUUAGGUUCUUCUUUAUAUAAAAAGGACCAAGACUACUGGAAAAGUAAAUUGGAUGAGCUAGAAAAAACCCUUGACAAGGAAAUUCAGGGAGUACUUCAAAAAAGUUUUGAUGAGUUAAAUGAUAAUGAGAAGGAUAUAUUUCUAGAUAUUGCAUGCUUCUUCAAAUGCAGCAACAAAGAUCAUAUAAUGAAAAUACUUGAGAGUUGCAACUUGUUUCCUGGGAGUGGAAUAGAAAAUCUCAUUGAUAGAUUUCUCAUAACAUUUUCUUGUGAGAAGUUGGAGAUGCAUGAUUUAUUACAAAAAAUGGGAUGGAAAAUUGUUACUCAGACUUCGAAAGAGCCUGGGAAACGUGGCAGAUUGUGGAUGCAGGAUCAUAUAUGUCAUGUAUUGGAAAAAAAUACGGGAACCAAAGAAGUUAAAGGCAUAUUCCUCAACUUGUUUGGUUUGAAGGAAAUACACUUUACCACUGAAGCCUUUGCAAGGAUGAACAGGCUUAGAUUACUAAAAGUCUAUGAGUCUAACCUUUCAGAUGACUCUGACUCCGAAAGUACCUCAAGGAAGAGGAAAUGUAAAAUGCGCUUUUCUGAUGACUUUGAAUUUCAUUCCGAUGAGUUGAGGUAUUUAUAUUGGCAUGAAUAUCCUCUGCAAACAUUGCCAUCUCAUUUUAAGCCCAAGAAUCUUGUCUGCCUCUGCAUGCCUUACAGCCAGAUUACUGAGCUCUGGAAAGGAAGUCAGGUUUGUGAAAAUUUAAAAUUUUUGGAUCUCAGUAACUCCAAAUUCCUAAUGGAAACUCCAGAUUUCUCAAGGAUCACCAAUCUUGAAGCGCUGGUUCUGGACGGUUGUACUAAUUUAUGUCACCUUCACUCGUCCCUCGGACGCCUGAGGAAACUCGCUUUCUUGAGUGUGAGCAACUGCAUAAAACUUAGGGAUUUUCCAGCCAUCUAUGAGUUGGUAUCCGUUCAAACUCUGGAUCUAUCUGGUUGCUCAAAUCUACAGAAAUUUCCAGAUAUCUCACAGCAUAUGCCAUGCUUAUCCAAGUUGUAUUUAGAUGGGACUGCUAUAACAGAAAUCCCAGCCUCAAUAGCCUAUGCCAGUGAGCUCGUUCUAUUGGAUUUAACAAACUGCAAAGAGCUCAAGUUUCUUCCAAGUAGCAUUGCUAAAUUGACACUUCUUCGUAUCCUUACGCUGUCUGGCUGCUCAAAACUUGGAAAGUUUCAACAGAACUCAGGGAACUUGGACCGCCUAGUUGAGCUCAAAGCAGAUGGAUCUACUAUAAGGCAACCGCCUUCCUCUAGAGCUGUCUUGAGAAAUCAUAAAGCAUCUGCUUAAUCCUUGCCAAGAACUUCAGAGUCCAUCAGUUUCUUGUUGUCUAAUUUAAAUUUAGUUCGACUAAAUUUAAGUGACUGCAAUAUAAAGAGUGGAAAGCGCCUUAGUCAUCUUGGCAUCCUAUCUUCACUCAAGUCUCUGAACUUAAGUGAAACCGCUUCAUUCAUCUACCUUGUAUCUUCAAAGGACUUUCUAAUCUGUCCAGGCUUGACUUGCACGAUUGCAGGAGGCUUCAGACAUUGCCCUUGCUUCCACCAAGUGUACGAAUUCUAAAUGCAAGUAAUUGCACGUCCCUGGAAUCAAUCCUCCCUAAAUCAGUUUUCAUGUCUUUUAGAGGCUGUCUAUUUGGUAAUUGCCUCCGACUCAUGAAGUACCCAAGUACAAUGGAGCCUCAUAUACGAAGUGUGGCAACCCAUGUUGAUCAGGAAAGAUGGAGUUCCACUUAUGAUGAAGAAUACCCAUUUUUUGCUGGUAUCCCAUUCAGCAAUGUCGUUCCUGGGAGUGGAAUACCUGAUUGGUUCAGGCAUCGUAGGGAAGGGCAUGACAUAAAUAUAGAGGUACACCAAAAUUGGUAUAGCAGCACCCCAGGAAGUAAUAAUAAUUUCCUGGGAUUGACUCUUUCUGCUGUUGUAGCACCCCAGGAUGGGGUCCUUGGAAGGGGUUGGUAUCCAUACUGCGACUUGUACACCCAAAAUGAUCCUAAAUCCGAAUCCAGUCACAUAUGUUCCUUCACUGAUGGCCGCACUUACCAACUUGAACAUACUCCAAUUGAGUCAGAUCAUCUAUGGUUAGCGUAUGUACCAUCAUUUUUUAGCUUCAGUUGUGAGAAAUGGAGUUGCAUUAAGUUUUCAUUUGGUACAAGCGGGGAAUGCGUUGUGAAGAGCUGUGGAGUUUGCCCAGUGUACAUUGAAGGCACCACAAAUGAUCAUAACAAGCCCAUGGGAAGUGCCUACACAGAUAUGAACGAUUCAGUAUUGCAAGCUACCAGAAUCCGAAGCGUUGGAAACUCUCGUACUGACUCACAUGCCCCGGACCCAGAAAGGUUUGAGAGGCAGCGAAAUCCUCCCGUAUCACGGACUAGAAUUGACCGCAAUAUUCAAGUAAGUUUUAGAUAAUGUGAAUGAAAUUAACUCAUAAAGUAUAUGCUACCGAUACAAUUUUUUACAAUCGCUAGUAAUGAGUAUUACUUUUGGUGUUCAUCUUAA